AUGGCACAACAGUACGGAUACGGCGGGAAGCAAAACCCGUACGACCAACGGGACGACAACAACUACAGCGGCGGUGGCUAUGACCAGGGCGGCUAUGACACUCCCCCUCCCGGCUAUAAUAAUACCCCCUAUGGCGCUGGUGGCCGUGGUUACGACCAGACUGGAGCCACAGCUGUCGAGAUGGCUCCUCUGACGCAAAACGCCGGCGGCAUGGCCCGCGAAGACCCCAACGCGAUCCGCAACGAGUGCCGUGACAUCGGCAACGAAAUCGGCCAAGUCGAAGCCAGCCUAGAACAGAUCAAGCAGAUGCAAACCCGAGUCCUCAAUGACACCGACACCUCCUCGACCAGCAAUUCUAACCGCCAAUUGGAUGCCCUCACCACCGAGACCACGACUCACUAUCGUGCCCUUGUCGAACGUGUGCGCCAAGUCAAGUCCAAGCCUGAAGGUCAAAGUGCUGCGAACAGAGAGCAUGUGAGCCGAGUCGAUCGACGGCUCAAGGACGUCAUCACCAAGUACCAGGGUGUCGAGUCGGAAUUCCAGGCUGCCGUCAAGCAACAGAUGAGCCGCCAAUAUCGCAUUGUCCGCCCCGACGCUACAGAGGAGGAGGUCCAGGCCGCUGUCAACGAUGCUGGCAGUGGCCAAAUCUUCAGCCAAGCCAUGAUGCAGAGCGACAGACAGGGCAAGGCUCGUGCGGCACUCAGCGCUGUUCAGGACCGCCACAAGGAGCUGCUCAAGAUUGAGCAGCAGAUGACGGAGCUGUUCCAGCUCAUGCAGGAUCUUGAUACCCUGGUCGUCCAGCAGGAUGCCACCAUUGUGCAGAUUGAGCAGAAGGGUGAGGAGGUUGUCGAGAACCUCGACAAGGGCAAUGAGGAGAUUGCCGUGGCUGUCACAACUGCCAGGGCUACCAGGAAGAAGAAGUGGAUUUGCCUCGGUAUUGUUGUUGCCAUUAUUGCCAUUGUCGUCAUCAUCGUCCUCAUCUACGUCUUUGUCAUCCGAGGAAACAACAACAACAAGAAGCGAUCUCUGCUCGAGGGAGUGGCAAUGCCAGCUGUUCGUCUCGGCGCCCGUAUCCCCGCCGUGGACGAUGCUCUGGCCCUGAGACUUGGCCGCAUAGCCCACGGAAGGCCUCACAUGCCCGUCGCACCCCCACUGAAAUGA